CCAAGCGUCUCCCCGCCGGCACCUCUCGCCAGUCGCCCACCGCACAGCUCCACCUCGCUGACCACACGGUGCAAGCUGCCCACGGCGCGGCGCCAUGACCUGGAACAAUCCCCCACCCGCCGCCGCCGCCGCCGACGCCCCCGGCACCGACCACGGCCGCCUGCGCGAGCUCGGAUACAAGCAGGAGCUCAAGCGCCACCUCUCGGUGCUGUCCAACUUCUCCAUCUCCUUCUCCGUCAUCUCGGUGCUGACGGGGGUCACCACGCUCUACAACACCGGCCUCACCUUCGGCGGCCCCGCCACCAUGACGCUCGGCUGGUUCGUCGCCGGUGCCUUCACCAUGGCCGUCGGGCUCUCCAUGGCCGAGAUCUGCUCCGCCUUCCCCACCUCCGGCGGCCUCUACUAUUGGAGCGCGCGCCUCUCCGGCGACCGUUGGGCGCCGUUCGCCGCCUGGAUCACCGGAUGGUUCAACAUUGUGGGGCAGUGGGCAGGCACAGCCAGUAUCGACUUCUCUCUAGCGCAGUUGAUUCAAGUGAUCAUCCUGUUGAGUACCGGUGGUAACAAUGGUGGAGGGUACCUGGCAUCCAAGUAUGUUGUCUUCGCCUUCCAUGCUGUAAUUCUGCUGAGCCAUGCCAUCGUCAACAGCCUCUCUAUCACUUGGCUAUCUUUCUUUGGGCAGUUGGCUGCUGUUUGGAAUAUGCUAGGUGUCUUUGCCCUGGCGAUCGCUGUACCAGUUGUUGCUACUGAGAGGACCAGUGCAAAAUUUGUGUUCACCCAUUUCAACAACGAUAACAGUGCUGGAAUUCACAAUAACCUCUACAUCUUUGUUCUGGGGCUCCUUAUGAGCCAAUACACACUGUCAGGAUACGACGCGUCUGCACAUAUGACCGAAGAAACAAAAAAUGCAGACAGGAAUGGCCCGAUUGGUAUAAUCAGCGCGAUUGGUAUAUCGAUAAUAGUUGGCUGGGGCUACAUAAUUGGCAUCACGUUUGCAGUGAAGGACAUUCCCUACCUCCUGAACCCUGACAAUGAUGCGGGAGGUUAUGCGAUUGCUGAAGUGUUCUACCUUGCCUUCAAAAGCCGGUAUGGGAAUGGUGUUGGAGGAAUCAUUUGCCUGUGGAUUGUUGCCAUCGCCAUAUACUUCUGUGGCAUGAGCUCAAUGACUAGCAACUCGAGGAUGACUUAUGCGUUCUCAAGAGAUGGGGCAAUGCCACUUUCAUCCCUCUGGCAUAAAGUUAACAAGCAAGAAGUGCCGAUAAACGCUGUCUGGUUCUCAGCUUUCAUUUCCCUUUGCAUGGCAUUGCCGUCUCUGGGUAGCCUCGUCGCGUUCCAGGCGAUGGCAUCAGUCGCGACAACCGCAGUCUACAUUGCCUAUGCGCUUCCAAUCCUGUUCCGUGUGACACUGGCGUACAAGAGCUUCGUGCCAGGCCCAUUCAACCUUGGCCGGUACAGUGUGCUUGUGGGCUGGAUCGCCGUCCUGUGGGUGGCAACCAUCACCGUGCUCUUCUCGUUGCCGGUCUCAUACCCGGUGACCAAGGAUACCCUCAACUACACUCCGGUCGCAGUCGGUGGACUGUUCACCCUCAUUUUGUGGUCGUGGAUCGUCAGGGCACGACACUGGUUCAAGGGACCCAUCGCAAAUUUGGGAGCAUAGGGUGUUGUGGAGUUCUUGUGAUGUGAUUUCAGUUUGAAAUGCUGAGGCGGUUUCAGGUGGUCUAGUUAUUGCUGUCAGUUAUAGGAUGAUUUUUUUUUUUGAAAAUAGGAUGAGACGUUAAGGAGUCCUGAAAAUGUAACACUAAUGGGGCCUUCAGAUUUGAAUGAUAACAAGCAGGAAAGGUGAAAACUGUGUUAGUUAUUCUUCUGUGAUA